GCUAGCCGGCUGGCAUCGUUACAUGCACUCAAGCCUAGUCAGCGGCUCCAUCUUUACAGGGCCAGAAGCAUCCAUCACAAGGCAGCCGUGCCAACCGCGACUUCCUUUUCCUCUCGUCAGCUUGUCUGCCCCCGACAUUUGGGCAUCCUGGGCAAUUGGAAUGACAACUUUCCACACUCACACACACUUUUCCCACACAUUCGGAUGCAUGCAAACACAUAUUUGGCCAUGGUCAAAUCUGCUAACCCUCAAACAUCCAUUAUGUUGGACACGCGGACACUUUCCUUCUUGAAGGCGUCACGCGAGGCCAAAAUCGGCAGCUUUUCUCUGUCUUCUUUUCUCGUAUCCGGCCCUCCGGUCAGUGCAGCAUCUGGGGCUGAGCAACUGCGCCCAUCAGUGAUACGACCUCUGCCAGGCCCUCAGUUGCUGCGACACCGCAGCACUGUCCACGUGGCCACUGAACACAAAUGGAUGUAUGCCUAUAGGAGGACAGUCAAGACGGGGUCAAUUAAUUACCCUGGGGUGCCCAUCUCGAUAUGA